AUGUUCAAUCUUAAGUUAUUCGUCCUGAUUGCUGUGGCCAUCUGCCUGACCCAGGCCUGCUGUGUCAGCGAGCCCGAGACGCCCAAUUGCGGAUGUGGAAAGCCUCAGUGCAGAUCCUGCGGCUGCGGUGGCGUCCGGACAGGUGGAUGUGGUGCCAAACCCUGCCGGAAUCCCUGCCCCAGCUGCGGCGGCUCCAGCUGCGGCUGCCCCAAGUAA